AUGAGUCUGUCCUCGUGUUUCAAGCCUUCCGGUGAACAUGUGGCUGUGCUUAUUCCCUUCUCUGUGGUGGAUGAUCAGCUCCACGACUUCAAUACGGGAAGUUCUCUUGCAACAAUAUCUGCUAACCUCAGUUCUGUACCAGUUCUAAAUGGAACCAACUUUAAGGAUUGGAAAGAAAACAUUCUGAUCGUUUUGGGAUGUAUGGAUCUAGACCUUGCACUAAGAGAAGACCAACCUGCUUCUCUUACAAAAAAUAGUACUCAUGAUGAAAGGAGACUAUAUGAGAAGUGGGACAGGUCUAAUCGCAUGAGUCUUAUGAUCAUUAAGCAUGGCAUUCCAGAAGCCUUUAGGGGUGCAGUAUCCGAAGGGAUUACCAAGGCCAAAGAUUUUCUUACAGAAAUAGAAAAGCGUUUUCUUAAAAACGAUAAGGCGAAAACAAGCACUCUACUUCAAAGCUUAUUUACCAUGAGAUACAAUAGUAAAGGAAAUAUAAGGGAAUAUAUUAUGGAAAUGUCUAAUCUUGCUUCUAAGCUUAAAGCAUUAAAGCUUAGCCUAUCAGAGGACUUACUUGUCCAUUUGGUUUUGAUAUCUCUCCCUGUACAAUUCAAUCAGUUUAAGGAAUAG